CAGAAAAUCCAUCCACUACCAGUCCAGAAUCACCAACAUCAGUGAGAAGUUAUGAAUCUAUAGAGCAGCAGAUUCAGGAUGCUGCUAAUUUAGAGACUCAUCGGCUGGAGAUGAUGUUGAAAAUGCUUGAAAAGCAGUCACAUAUGUUGGGGAAAGCCAUAAAAGAUCGAGAUUCCUUGCAGACUAAAUGCCAACAGAUGCAGGAUGAUUUUGAAUUGUUAUCAGAAGAGAAGACGAUGCUGGAAAAUGAACUAUACCAGCUGAAGGGGACGGAGAGAGGAAAGUCUGCAGAUGAUCCAACAAAAAAAGGUGCAAAAGUGGAGAAGAAAAAAGAAAAGGAUGCAGAUGGGAAGAUGUCUUUAAUCAAGCAGGCUAAAAUUAAAGAGUUGCUUAAAGCCCAGAAAACAGCAGGUGCUCUGGAAGUUGAAAAUAAAAUCCUUCAGGAAAAACUGAAGCAGGCUUUACAGGAAGCUGAAAGGACGAGGAAUCAGCUGGACUACCUCCUAAGUCAAGAGCAAUCCAAGACAGCAUUGGAAAUGGAUGUCACCAAAACAAAAGUUAAAGAUGAAGAUUUGAAAAAUCAGCCCUCAGAUCAAGUUCCUGAUACGAAUGAAUCAAAGAUCAUUGAUAACAUGUCAGAACACUCACAGGACUCAACCAUCCAGAAUGAAGAAUCAUUAAAAGAAAGACCCCAGCAGGAUCUCUGAGAUACUUUGGAACAGUCCCCCAAGCCUGCAGAGCUGGAUGGAAGCGAAGGAGACCUGCCUAGAUACAUGGUAUUGCCUACAAUAAAGUACAUCUUUUUUGCA